CUUUGAAGUUGCUCCAAAGGAAAGAGAGAAGAAAGCUCACCAAAAAUAAUUUGUUAACAAAAAGAAAGAAAGGAAUCUUCCAUCUUCCCACGGCGGAGAGAAACCAAAAAAAUCAAUCAAUGGAGCUUCCUCCUCCACCGGAAAGAUCCAAACGCCUCCAUAACUUCACCUUACCUUAUCUCCGAUGGGGUCAGCAAAGAUUCCUCCGCUGCGUCAAGCUUCCUCACCACAACCGAUCUCCUUCUUCUUCUUCUCCUUCUCCCGAUCAUAGAUCUCACAACGGUGGACUUGUUGGAGAGCUCAGGGUCGAUCUCGUCUACGAUGCCAACAAACCUAAGCUCUCCGUUUUGGGAAAUGGAGGUGACAACAACGGCGAUGUUGUUGCUGCAGCUGCUCGGCCGUGGAAUUUGAGGACCAGAAGAGCUGCUUGUAACGAACCUGGUGAUGAAUCCACCAGGAUCAUCGAGUCUUCUUCUUCUCUACGGAGACAUGAAAUUGGCGUUAAGAGAGGUGGUAGCGAAGAUGGUGGUGAUGGUGAUUCGCAGCACAAGAAUGAGAAAGUGAAAUUCUCUGUUUCUUUGUUGAGAGAAGAAAUCGAACAAGAUUUCUCAGCCCUAAUUGGAAAAAGACCUCCUAGAAGACCAAAGAAGAGACCGAGAUUGGUUCAGAAGCAAAUGAAUACUCUAUUUCCAGGAUUGUGGUUAGCAGAAGAAGUAACAGCAGACUCUUACGAUGUUCCUGAGCCUGUGGAAACAUGAAGUUUGUUUCUUGUUUCUUCAAAUUUGGGGUCAGCUUCUCUUUUCUAUCCAAGAAAAUGUAUCAACUUUGUUUUUCGUUGUAAAAAAGGAAGAAAAUUUAUAUGUAGCAAUGUGCUCAGUUUUAGUGAAUGAAGAAGCCAAUUUUACUUGGUUUCUUUAAUAUUCUUCUUUUGUUGUAAAAGAGACAACUUGGGGUUUUUUUUUUUUUCCGUUACCAAAAGCUAAUUGUAAUCUCCAUGGUAAUGGAAUCUCCAGGCUGUUUUUUUUUUUGGUUAUCAAUAAUGCAGCUCUCUGCAACUUUCUUACAUUUUGUUCUUCUUAAUUUAGUUUGUCUUAUUUCUUUCUAUUAGCAGCUCAGGAGUUACUUAAAUUAGUAUCUUGCUUAGAUUAUGCGAAAAUUCUGAUCCUGUGCUUGUAUAAAGCUUUUCUGUUCUUGAGCAUGUUUGUGUCAAGAACUUGCUGAGAAACAGUGUUUGUCAUGUUAGAUAAUUUUGACAACUUUGCAGGGUCAGACCAAGCUUUCUUUUUACAACAUCUCACCAUUCUCAAGGUUUUUAUAGACAGCUUCCUUCCUCCAUUUAUUGAACACCUGAACUGGGACACUUGUUUCUAGCUGCAAUCAGAUAAUGUAAGGAUGAUCAUAUGCUGAUAAUGGAUAUGCUGUGUGCCGAGUAGGAGGCUCCACGGUCCAAUAAAACAGUCCGUUGGACGCCUUAAGUAAGAGUCCUGCAAAAAGAAAGUCUCUGAGCAGAGUUUCAUCUUUCCGCCAAACAGAG